AUGGGCGGCCCGGGCCCCCCCAAGCACCGCGCGGCGGCGCCCGGCCCCUGCGUCGUCCCCGACGACGCGCUGGUCGAGAUGUUCGGCCUCCUCCCGGCCAACUCCCUCCACCGCUUCAAGUGCGUCUCCACGGCCUGGUGCGGCCUCGUCACGGACCCGCUCCACCGCCAGCGGUACGCGCAGACUCUCGCUGGGUUCCUCUGCGCCGACGUCGACGUCGCCGCCGCCGCCCCCAGCGCGUGCGAGAGCUGCUGCGUCGCUGUCCACGGCGGCGCCGAGAGCUCGCGGCGCACGUGCUCGCACGCCACGGUCCCGGAGCGGAAGAAGACCACCACUCGGCGGCGGCGGUUCGUCAACGUCUCCGGGAUGGCGGAGCCGCUCCCCGACGCCUCCUUGUCCUUCCUGCCGCCUCCCCCCGACGACGCCGAGGGGUUCCGCGAUGCGAUCCUGGACGCCCGCGACGGUCUUAUCCUACUCGCCCGCGCCCGGAGGCAUGAGGCCCCCGACCUCCACCCGCCGGCGUGCUACCUCGUCUGCAACCCGGCCACGGCGCGGUGGGCGGCGGUGCCGGGCUCCGGCUGGGUCCCCAGCGCCUCGCAGCGGACGGCGCUCACGUACCUGCUCUUCGACGCCUCCUCCUCGCCGCACGAGUUCCACCUGCUCCAGUUCCGGCUCGACGACAUGGACUCGGUGCGGGCGGUGCACACCUACUCGUCAUCGACGGGGGCGUGGGUCGACAGGGCGGGGGCCUGGCGCGACGGCGGGUGGCGGGACUGGGGCCGGGGCAUGGCGCUGAUCCAGCCGGGGACAGGCGCCGCCGUGGCCGCGCGCGCGCUGCACCUGGUGGUCGACACCGACGGCACGUCGGGCCCCAACAACCUGGUGGCCGUGGACGCGGAGGGCCGCACGCGAAGAGCCAUCCCGCUGCCGCGCCGGGACGUGGUGGAGAAGGACUGGCACUCGGUGUUCGUCGCCCGCGGGUCCGGCUCGCGGGGGGAGGGGGGGCAGCUGCGCUACGUCAUGUGCGUGCGCCCGCCGCACGGGCGGCUGUCGGAGGAGGCGCCGCUGAGGAUGCUUGUGUGGGUGCUCCAGGACUACGACGCCGGGGAGUGGGUGCUCCGGCACGCCGUCGGGUUCCCGGAGCUGUUCGGGGGGAGGAUCGCGUGCCAGUUCCGCGUCGAGUACAGCAUCGUCGCUGUUCAUCCGGAUGGGAGCUGGGUGUUCUUUGUCCGGCACUGGGACCGCAAGCUGGUGGCCUACGACAUGGAUCGCAGGGAGGUGCGUGUUGUCGCUGAUCUCGGUCCCGGUGGCGGCGAUCUCGGCGAUGAGCUUCCUGUCCCGUAUGUUCCUCUGUACAAGGAGUCAGCCGCGCUGACGAACCAGCAAUGA